GACUUUUCUCCUGCAAUCAUCAAUCAGGCACAAACAAUCCCAUCUCUCUCCAUCUUCUGUAUUCUUCGCAAUAACUCCCACACCCGGACAUGAGUUUAUCCGACCCACCAUAAUAGCAUCCACAAUUUCUCUGCAAAAUUCGGAAUUUCCUCCAGAUUCUGACUUUUCGUGCUGACCCAUCGAAGUUUCUCAUCCUGAUUCUCCGUCUUUUUGAAAAUCAGGGUUUCUUUUCGGCGGUGAUCGAAGAGUUUGAUCAUGCAAGGUGAAGUACAGUUGCAGCCACCGGAUUCGCAGAAGCUGAGUGACUCGGCUCCUUUGUUGGGCGAUUCGCCGUCGUCUUCUUCUUCUUCGUCGCCGGUUGCGUCUGGAUCGCCGGAAAAAAGCUCCGAUGAGAUCAACGAUGAAGAUUUGGAGUCUGGUGCUUCAGCUCCUUGUUGCCGGAUUUGUCUCGAAAGCGACUGCGAAUUCGAUGAUGAAUUGAUAUCACCAUGCAUGUGCAAAGGGACUCAACAGUUUGUCCACAGGUCAUGUCUCGAUCAUUGGCGAUCAGUUAAGGAAGGAUUCGCUUUCUCUCACUGCAGCACUUGUAAAGCUCAAUUCCAUCUCCGUGUUGAACCAUUUGAAGAUAACUCUUGGCGUAAAGCAAAAUUCAGACUUUUUGUCGCAAGAGACGUGCUAUUGGUUUUCUUCGCUGUCCAGACCGUUAUUGCUGUGAUGGCUGGCUUUGCAUACUUGAUGGACAAAGAUGGAGCCUUCCGCAACUCUUUCGAUGAUGACUGGGACCGUAUAUUAUCGAAACAUCCGAUACCCUUUUACUAUUGCAUUGGUGUGAUAUCCUUCUUUGUGCUGCUUGGAUUUUUCGGGCUGAUACUGCAUUGCUCUUCUCUAAAUGCCAACGACCCGAGGAUGGCGGGGUGCCAUAACUGCUGUUACGGAUGGGGUAUAUUGGAUUGUUUCCCGGCUUCGAUGGAAGCAUGUUUCGCCCUCGUUAUCGUAUUCGUCGUCAUAUUUGUCAUUCUCGGGUUAGCUUAUGGCUUUCUUGCUGCAACUAUGGCUAUCCAGAGGAUCUGGCAGAGACAUUACCACAUCCUCACCAAGAGAGAACUCACAAAGGAGUACAUUGUGGAGGAUCUUAACGGAUGUUACACGCCUCCGAAGCUCGAUGCAGAGCACGAGGCGCGGCUGAAAAUGCUGAAACUUCUUUGAUCAUAAAGGUUGAGAGAGAGAGAACUGUUGAAUCAUCGGACGAGCAGAAACGAAACGCCAAAUGCUUCGGACAGAGACGAAGUCACAUGUCUUGUUAUUUUACGACACAGUUAAGGACAUAGCCGCAUGAUGAAUAUACACAAUAUCUGCCUUUGAACUGCAUUUUGUAGUUAUGCCAUGUUGCUGUUGUUACUUAGCC